AGAAGGUCCAUUAGUUUUGGAAAUUUUUUUUAAUUUGCCAGGAGCAAGCCUUUUUUUUUCAAAUCUAUAUACAUUAUUUCCUCUCCACCAUAAUAAAAACCAGGAUGGGGUGUUCUGGAAGUAAAACGAAGAAUAGGGCCGCUGAAGAGCAUCUUAACAGCAAAACUAACACGUUUCUUAACUUGGUGAAUGACCAAAAGUCCCCUGUUGCCUGUGAGCUUUUUCAGGCAUGGACACACUUUGUAGAAACGCAAAACAGAAAGCUCGCCGGCGCCAAGGUCCCAGACUGUCCAGGGGUCUCCAACCCAACUGAAGUGUGGGCCACCACAGAGAACAACCUCCUAACCCACCACUCCGUCGACCAGGUUGGAAAGGCGUUCCUGGAGUACGUCAAGAACGACCUAUCACAGAGGGGCUGGGGGGGCAAUUUUGACUACAAAGUUGUCGGUGUGGCGACCCAAGGUUUCCUGAGGGCGAGCGCGAAUAUUGAUACAGGAUACCCUGAGAGAUCGGAGGUCAUCUGGGCGGUCAAAAUUCACUAUCACAGUAGCGGCCCUGGUUGAUAAUCUUUUUUCUUAUGUAGAUUCACUGAAUAGAGGUUUGAACAGUGAAAAUAUAAUGUGAUUCGUUAAUCGAAGUGUAGGGUUUAUUAGAUUUAUUACCUAAUAUUAUAUCAGUAAUUGGGUAUGCGUUACUAUAUUUAAUAUUAUAUAACUUGCAACCAUUUAGCAGUACAAAGUUAUGUGCACACGUGAUUUUACUCAAUUCCCU